CCCAUUUGCGGUUUCAAGUAUCCAAUGCAUACAUCUCCCUUCCCCCUUUUAACCGCUCAACAUUUACAGUAAUUCUCAAAAGUCUCGGACACACACAGGCGUGCACCAACUCUCUCCUUCGGUGUCUCUGUCUUUGUUGGCCAUGAGGCCAUUGCAGUGUUACAGGUCACUGCCAUUGUUUCUUAUACUCACCAUUGCCUUCUUCUUCUUCUCUUCUUCUUUGUUUUGUUUCACCCAUGGAGCCUCCAAUCAUCUUGCAUUCCAACCACCACUCCCUUCAGAGUCUAUAACUGAGGUUCGGAGGUUUGUUCCUGAGGGACCAAGCGAUGCGCCUAUGAAUGAGGAUGAUGAUGAUAAUAAUGAUGACUAUGAGGGCUCCUCAUCAAUUGUCUUGGCUGCAAAGAGGACUUACAGAAGAGACCCUCUUAAUGGUUUCAGAAGAUACACGGGAGGAUGGAAUAUCAAGGAGGUUCAUUAUUGGGCUUCAGUGGGUUUUACUGCAGCUCCUCUUUUCGCCAUUGCUGCAAUCUGGUUCCUUGGUUUCGGUGUGUGCUUAUUACUCAUCUGUAUCCGUCACUUCUGUUCUCGAAGGGAGCCAUAUGGAUAUUCUAAAAUUGCUUAUGCCCUCUCUCUAAUUUUCCUCAUAUUCUUCAUCAUUUUAGCAGCCAUUGGAUUUGUUAUCCUUUAUGCUGGUCAAGGGAAGUUUCAUGGCAGUACAACAUCAACAUUGGAUUAUGUUGUAAGCCAGGCAGAUGCCACCCUUGAUAGACUGAAUGGUGUGUCAGAUUAUCUUGCCGCGGCCAAGCAAUUACAGGUUGAUAAAAUUUUCCUACCUUCUAAUAUCCAAACUGAUAUUGACAACAUUGAAGCAAAACUUAAUGCUUCUGCUAGCAACCUUGCUGACAAAACUGCAAAGAGUUCGCAUGACAUUCGAGAUCUUCUAGAUUCUGUGAGAUUGGCACUAAUUCUGAUCGGGGCUAUUAUGCUUGUCUUGGCAUUUCUUGGAUUCUUAUUCUCAAUGUUCGGAAUGCAAGUUCUCGUCUACAUCCUGGUUGUCUUCGGAUGGAUACUUGUUGCUGGAACAUUUAUAUUAUGUGGCGUUUUCCUUCUUCUUCACAAUGCGGCCGGGGAUACAUGUGUUGCAAUGAAUGAAUAUGCUCAAAACCCAACUGCACAUACAUCUCUAGAUGAUAUAAUACCUUGUGUGGACAAAGCCACUGCCCAAGAAACCAUAACGCGUAGCAAGGAAGUAUCUUCCCAGAUUGUUGAAGUAAUUAAUGAAGUCAUCACAAAUGUUUCAAACAUUAAUUUUGCUCCUGCUUUUGUACCUUUCUAUUUCAACCAAACUGGUCCAUUGGUGCCAAUAUUAUGCAACCCAUUUAACUCUGACUUGACGAAUCAUCCCUGCUCUGCUAGUGAACUGGACUUCAACAAUGCAACACUGGUUUGGAACAACUAUGUUUGUCAAGUUUCACCAACUGGUGUAUGUACCACACCAGGACGCUUGACCCCCACAUUCUACAGCCAGAUGUCUGCGGCAGUAAAUGUGAGCAACGGUUUGUUGAAUGAUAGUCCUUUCUUGGUUGAGCUUGAAGACUGCACAUUUGUGCGUGAAACUUUCAGCAACAUAUACAGGGAUCAUUGUCCGGAUCUGCAGCUCUAUAGUAAAUGGAUUUACGUCGGUCUGGUGAUGGUCUCGACUGCUGUUAUGCUCUCUUUGGUGUUCUGGGUAAUAUAUGGGAGAGAGCGGCAUCAUCGCCUCUAUACAAAACGGUUAAACAAGAGUGGUCUUGAGGAGAAAAAAAGCCUUGAACUUGAAGAAAUUCAAGAGAACAAAAUCCUUGAGGAGAGGAAAGAUAGUUGAGAGUAAUCAAACUCUAGUUUUACUUAAGUGUUGCCUAAUUUGAACUAGUAUUCUUUUCACGCAGUUUGGUUUUGCUAGUAUUGUAAAUGGUGUCUCAGUCUCAAAUGCAUGAGCAUAAUUUAUGCAUAACAACAGCAUUACCUUUUCUACAUAUUUUAUAAUGAAGCUCUGCAGUUUCAUAAAAAGACACGAUUAAUUUUUUCGGCAAGUUCUGUCAUCUGCUUAAA